AAUACUGCUGAAAGAACAACUACUACACCAUCUAGAAUAUCUCAAGAUAAAAGUAAACCUUUUUCUCGAUCAACUACUCCCAAUCAAGAAGCUGCAAUAAAACAAUCAUCAAGAGGCAGAAUUAUAAGACCUACGAAACGUUUUCCUGACUAAACUCUGAAAAGAAACACAAAGGGAAAGAUAUGGUUAACCUCUAUGGUUAUUUAAUUAAUAUUUAAGCAUAUGUUUUUAUUUUAUUAUCAUACGAAAAAAGCUGAUGGUGUUUGAAAACAAAAUUUUAAGGUGCAUCUAUGGUCCCAUAAAUGAAGAUGGAAUAUGGAGAAUACUCAGCUAAUAAAGAGAUUUGAGAGCUAUACAGAGACCCGGACAUAAUAGCCCAAAUCAAAAGCAGAAGACUCAGGUGGGCAGGCCAUAUCGCAAGAAGAGAACAAAAUGCAACAGUUAAAGCGAUAAAUGAAGGACUACCAAGAGGAAAGCGGCCCUUGGGACGACCACGGCUUCGCUGGAAGGACCAAGUGGAAAAGGACUUGAGAAGAUUGGGGGCAGAGGCUCAAUGGAUGCAAGACAGAGAGAGAUGGCGAGGCAUUGUUGGCGAGGCCAAAAACCUUCUGAGGUUUAAGUGGCCUAAUAGAUUGAUAUCUUCCCCAAUCACUAAUCAAGGGAAAUUCUUAUCAGUCCCUGCCAUACAACCUGCACUUCAAAGUCCAAACUCUGGGUCAAGAAACUGCAAUUCUUAUAAGAACAAACUUUACUCACCUUCAGAAGGGAGAAGAUCGCCCCAAGCACUUAAGGCUGCAAGAUGUUUAUUUUCCCCACAAAGAAGCCCCAGACCAUCGCUAGCUAAAAGAUUGUAUCCGACAUCACAUAAGAGUGAUGAGAGAACACCUCCUUCAUUUGACACGCCACUCCGCAAAUCCAUGUCUACCGCAAGUUUUUAUACAAAUAACAAAGAAAGUUUUAUUCUUGGAAGAGGUAGUUACGGUUUGGUGGUGGAAGGAAGAUAUAAAAACAAAAAUAUUGCAGUAAAAAUAAUGUCGCAGUGCCAGAAACAAGAUGAAGUGUUAAACAGCGAGAUGAACGCGUUGAAAUUAAACCACCCAAACCUCAUCAAGGUGUUUCAGGUGAUGGUUGAACCGGAUGUAAACAUUGGUUUUGUCUUUAUGGAACUGAUCUGGAGUAAAACUCUAGAAAAUGUUCUUCAGGAUCAGAUAGUCAAACAAAUAGACAAACUGAGAUACCUAAAGCAGAUUGGUAGUGCUUUACAAUACUGCCAUAGCAACAGUAUUUUGCACUUAGACGUGAAACCGAAAAAUGUCAUUGUCAUAGCUGAGGAAAAAACUUGCAAACUGUGUGAUUUUGGAAGCUCUUAUGAUCAGUUCAACACAAGCUUGAUAAAUAAUCCUAGAAAGGGAACUGUAAAGUACUCCGCCCCAGAACUCCUUAAAGGUGAACACCCAACAGAAAAGGCAGAUGUUUACUCUUUUGGAAUCACAAUGUGGCAAACAAUUUAUCAAGAAGUGCCUUAUGGGAUAGAGGACCUACAUCAAGUAGUGUAUAAGGUUGUCAAGAACAACUAUCGUCCGAUGAGUUGUUCACCUAUCAACUCAUCAGUUCACCACAUAUAUGAAGCUUGCUGGCAAGCAGACCCCCAAAAAAGGCCAUCAAUGUCACAGGUGCUACAAAUGUGUCAAAAGUAGUUGUGGUAUGAGGAGAUAAAACUAUAAGUCUCAAAUAGUAAAAAAAUUAUAUUUACAUACAAGACAUUAAUGGAAUUUUCUUGUUUUGUCAACAAAACAUUAAUUUUCUCCAGGCAUGUCUCCUCCAGGCACCAACUAAAAAACAAGAAAGAUGUUGAUGGUUAAGGGUGAUAAUAGAAUUAAUUAACUUAUUUUAUUGUAUUAUGAGUGUUUUGUUAGUGUUAAUGUGAAAGUUAAAUUUUAAAAGUUUGGCU